AUGGACGUAUCUCUAACUAAAAACUCUUUGCUCAGAUUUUGUUGGCAGCUUUUAUUAUCGCAGUGGUUUUUUAUAGCAUUGGCUGUAUUUAUCGUUCUUGCCCAUUUUUUUCCGAACUUCGCCAGACAUGGAGGAUUAAUUCGAGGUGAAUAUAGCAUAGGGUAUGGUGCUGUGGCAGCAAUCUUUUUACAAAGUGGAUUAAGUAUGUCUACAAAAAAACUUUGUCUGAAUAUGGGAAAUUGGAGAGCGCACAUCACUAUUUUGACCAUAAGCUUUCUUAUCACCAGCUCAAUUGUUUUCGGAAUUUGUUGCGGAAUUGAAAAAGCGGAUGAUCCUAAUAUUGAUAGUUGGGUACUCGUUGGGUUGAUCAUGACUGCUUCUUGUCCUACAACUGUCGCAUCCAAUGUUAUAAUGACUAAGAAGGCAGGAGGGAAUGAUCUUCUAUGUUUGUGUGAGGUUUUCAUUGGCAAUAUUUUGGGUGCUUUCGUAACACCUGCCAUUGCACAAAUGUACUUAAAAACUGGAAUAUUUGCGUUCGGCAACCCAGCCAAUGGUACUAGCGUAUCCAAUUUAUACCGAGAUGUAAUGAAACAAAUUGGUUUAUCUGUCUUUGUUCCAUUAUUCGUUGGACAAGUAUUGCAAAAUGUAUUCCCUCGGCAGGUAGCAUGGACAUUGAAGACUUUUAGGCUUGGCAAAAUCGGAAGUAUUUGCCUCUUACUGAUCAUGUUCAGCUCGUUUUCGACAGCGUUUUAUCAAAAAGCAUUUCAAAGCGUCUCUCACGCUUGUAUUAUAUUCGUGGUUUUUUUCAAUAUUGGCAUAUACUUGUUCUUUACUCUCAUUUGCUAUUUCUGUGCCAGGCCCCCAUUUCUCUUAUUCUUCUUCAGGAAGGAUCCAGAUGAAAGCUGUUCAAGGGUUUACAAAAUUCUUCAUCAACUGCUUAGGCCAUUUUAUCACUCGAAAAAAGAUUGUAUCUGUGUAAUGUUCUGUGGUGCAGCAAAAACAGCCGCACUAGGGGUAUCACUGAUCUCUUCACAAUAUGGCAGUGAUUCGCCUCAUUUGGGUAAACUGCUUGUACCCCUAGUACUCUACCAAAGUGAACAAGUCAUUACAGCUAAUUUUCUUGUCAGCAUCUUUAAUAAAUGGUCUGAAGACGAACAGGAAGAUCAAAGUGCGGCAGCUCAGGAUUUGGAGAAAGCAAGUUCGGGUUGCGUUGAAACUUUCUCGAUAACUGAAAGACAAGAAGAUACCAUAUUUAUUCAACAAGAACGUCAACCCCCAUUAUGA